AUGAUCGUUUUUAUUAAUGCCUCCAGGGACAUCAAAUUACUUCUGCUCGGUGCUGGAGAAUCUGGAAAAUCGACAAUUGUGAAACAAAUGAAAAUUAUCCACGAGUCAGGCUUUACAGCAGAGGACUACAAACAGUAUAAACCGGUAGUUUAUAGCAACACAAUCCAGUCUUUAGUGGCUAUUUUACGAGCUAUGGGCAAUUUGUCUAUUCCUUUUGGAUUGCCUGAAAGAGAGUUAGACUCCAAAUUAGUAAUGGACGUUGUUUCCCGUAUGGAAGACACAGAACCUUUUAGUGAAGAAUUGCAUGCAGCAAUGAAACGAUUGUGGACUGAUUCGGGUGUUGAGGAAUGCUUUUCGCGUUCAAAUGAAUAUCAAUUGAAUGACUCUGCUAAAUACUUUCUCGACGAUUUGGAACGUUUAGGACAGCCCAAUUACGAACCUACAGAGCAAGAUAUACUUAGAACUAGGGUUAAAACUACUGGAAUUGUUGAGGUCUUUUUCACCUUUAAAUGUCUAAAUUUCAAAUUAUUUGACGUUGGAGGACAGCGUUCUGAACGGAAAAAAUGGAUUCACUGUUUUGAGGAUGUUACAGCAAUUAUUUUCUGUGUGGCAAUGUCUGAGUAUGACCAAGUCUUGCAUGAGGACGAAACAACUGUAAAUUGUUUAGAAAGCAUUUAUUUUAUUUAG